AUGAUUAAAAUAAUUUUACUUAUUUGCCUUAAUAUAUUUAUUUCUAAUGUUUAUAAUAGAAAGAUUUAUAAUAUUAUAUAUAAAAAGAACAACAAAAAUAAUUUAGUAUUUAUAAAUGUUUUAAAAUGCAAACAAAAAUAUCAUCUUAAUGCUAAGAAAUUUAUUAAUUUUAAGGAAAUACAGCUUCAGAGAAUAAAAGAAUAUAGAAAAAGAAGUGGACCUGAGAAAAAUAAUAUUAAUUAUAAUUUAAAAGAUAAAUAUAAUUAUCAUGAAAAUUUUCUUUUUGUGAGAAAUGAAGUAUUGCCAACACUAGCUAAAAUAGAAAAUGAAAAAUUAAAAGAAAAAGAAAAAUACAAAUUAUUAUUUAGAGAUAUUAAUGAUUAUAAUAUUCUUUUUACCAGACAAACAUUUUUACAAUUUUUAAUUGAUUUGUAUAACAUUUUUUUAAAAAUUGAUGAAGCUUUUAUAAUUCAUAAAAAGGAUUUUUCAUCCCUUGUAUAUAUGGGACCUAUGCAAUUAACUAAUUAUCUUUACAAUGAUAUUAUUUAUAUAUCCUCUUUAGUUGAUAAUUCAGGUGAUAUAACAGUUAGCCAAUAUGGUAUAGAAUAUAUUUAUCAUCUUGAAGAAUUAUGUGAAAGAAACAAAUUAAAAUUUUUGGCUCAUUCGUAUGUAUUUUAUAAGAACUUUCAUUUAUCAAAAGAACAUUUAUUAAACAGUAUUUGUAAAUAUCUGAAUAUAUUCAAAAAACUAAAAUCAUCAACAUAUGUUUCUGAUGUUUCUAACUUCGAAUAUUGUCUGAACAAAGUGAGUAGAAAAUGGAGUAGAUGGGAAAAAGACAAUUUUUUAUCUGGACUUUAUGAUGCAACUGACAAAAUGAUGAUAUUAACAAAACAUUUUCAACAAAUAAAAAAAUAA